GUUCAGUUUACGCAGCAGCAUGAUUUUACAUUGGUCGCCGAUGAGCCAUUGGACCCUUUUAUAACGCAGACUGAUUGUCUUAAUCUUUUCGCAGAAGCUCAAGCCUCUCAACUCUCGUCUCGCAUCCGUACUUGCGCGCAAGCAGCUUGUAAACUAGGUCCGAUGUCACCACUUAUUGACUUUGCUUCUACAAAUUACUAUCGUCUCGAUAGUUCCGAUGGCUGGCUUGGCCCGAUGAAAGAGGUCCAGGUAGACAAACUUGUUCUUUUAAAAUCUCUUGCGGUACUUAAUCUACCUAACAAAUUGAUCGGUUUACGCACUGGUUUUUUCUCAAGGCAUCACAAAGACACUUUCUAA